CGGAGGACGGCCGCUUCGUGGUCACCGCUUGCGAGGACGGAAGCUGCCGCCUGUGGCACAGCGACCCCGCGGCAGAGCUGGAGGCGAAGCGGAGGGCGCCAGAGGCGAAGGCCGGCCUGCCAAGGCCGCGGAGGGGCGGGCACGGCGAGGCGUCGCUCGCGCUGGUGGGCCACUCUGGGCUGGUGUCCGCGUGCGCGUGGAGGGGCGAGGCGGGCCAGAACACGGUGUCCGUCCUGUCGGGCUCGUGGGACCAGACCGUCAAGUUGUUCACGGUGGACCUGGCCAAGCUGUGA